AUGCCAUCCCAGCGAUAUGAACGGGUAGCAGAACACGACGAAGACGAUACUCCUAGCUCUCCCCACGCACCUGAACAGCCCUACCCGAUCCCCUCCUCGCCACCCCCGUCCUUCCGCUCCCGCGCCUCUUCACCAACAUCUCGUCAUCUCCUCUCCCACGACCCGCUAGCCACAGACGCCGACCGCACCCUCGCAGACACCUUUGACUCGCCCUCCGACAACGAUGCGUCGGACAGCGAGAAUGAGGACGGAGUCGACGAUCGGCAGAGGCUGAUGCGCGGCCAGCCGCAGCGGCGGGAUUCGGAGCCUCGGGAAGGUCAGGGUGCGAGCAGUGGAGGUGCGGAAGAGGUCAGGCCUAGGAUCAUUGAACGACGGGUCACGCAAUUGCCUGUCUUUGCGCCUGCGACGACCGCCGGAAGUGGGCGGGUGUAUGGCGGUGGCAUGAACGAUGGCGUGUUUGCGAACUUGAGCGCGAAGCCGACAAGGGGAGAGGAGGUGGAGGAGAAGCCGCCGACCUACGAACAAGCCGCCGCAGACGCCACGCCCCCCUACUGGGAAACCACCAUCCUGGCACCCGGCAUGGUCAGCGACGAGGUCUUCGUUGACGGCCUCCCCGUCGGCUCCGUCUUCAGCUUCGUCUGGAACGCCCUGAUCUCCAUGUCCUUCCAGCUCGUCGGCUUCCUGCUCACCUACCUCCUGCACACGACGCACGCGGCCAAGAACGGGUCGCGCGCCGGCCUCGGUAUCACUCUCAUCCAGUACGGCUUCACCAUGAAGGGCUCCAGUAGUAGUAGUGGCGGCGGCGGGGGCUCCAUGGGUGAUGGCACCGGCAACGGGGACACGGGAAUGGGUGGCGCGCCUACGGAUCCGAAUGCUCACGACUUCGAUCCGAACAUGGUUGCUGAUGGCGUUGCUGAUGCUGCGGCGAGUGGUGCGGGCGGUAUCUCGACGUCGGAGUGGCUGGCGUAUGUUCUGAUGAUCGUGGGCUGGUUCAUACUUAUCCGGAGCGUGAGUGACUUUCUGAGGGCGAGGCGGCAUGAGCAGCUUGUGCUGCAGAGCCCGGAUCGGGGCUUGCCGGUACCGAUCGUGGCGGCGGGCGAGAGGCCGGAGCAGGCUGUAUAG